AUGUGCACGUGGUUUGCUCAGGAAAGGCUGAAAGGAAUGAUGCUAAGUGGGCCAAUUCUUCAAGCCCAAGCGACAAAAUUUGGAAAUUUAACGGGGGAUGAAUCAUUCCAAGCCAGCAAGGGGUUUAUAAGUCGUUUUAAAAAGCGUCAUGGCAUAGCACAGGUAUCGAUUUCUGGAGAAAGCCGAUCAGCCGAUGAAUCAGCCGCGAAGGCGUUUCCCACCGAGUUACAAUCUAUUUUACAAAAUGAAGACUACCACGAAGAACAACUUUAUAAUUGUGAUGAAACAGCUUUAUUUGCAAAACUGCUACCUGAUGAGACUUUAGCCUUUAAUUACGAGACACAGAAAACAGCUGGAUUUAAAAAGAUAAAAGAUUGUGUGACUCUUCUUUUUAGUAGUAAUAAGAUGGGAAGCCAUAAGCUUACCCCUCUUCUCACUGGCUGUUUUCAUAACCCUCGCUGCUUUAAUCACCUCAAUAGAGCCAAACUGCCAGUAAUAUAUGCUAACAGCAAAAAUGCUUGGAUGACGAGACGCAUUUUUGACGACUGGUUCCACAACAGCUUUGUUCCAGCUGUUCGUAAGCAUCUGCGGUCGAAGAAACUCGAAGCCAAAGCACUUUUGCUACUUAGCAAUUGUCCAGCCCAUCCUCCAGCCGAAUCACUGUUAAAAAAAGCUUGGGACGGAGUAAAACGAACGUCCAUUGAAAACUACUGGAUGAAGGCUCUCGGUGAUGCCUCUUCUGUCAAAGACAGGUCAGACUCGGAAAACUCCAGCAGUGGCACUGAUUCAGAGCCAGACUUUGAAGGAUUUUCAGAAGAUGUCCUAAAAACACGCAUGCAAACAAAAGAGGAUAAAAGUAAACUUCUCUUUCAAAUGAUAAAAGAUUUUAGUUUGGAUACGUCGCCGGAAAUCAUUACCGAGUGGCUGGAGAUGGAUGAAGAUUGCCCGACUUCAGAAUUUCUGUCUGAGGAAGAAAUAUUAACAGGCUGCGAGGCUACGUCGGACCACGAAAGUGAUGGCGAGAAUUCUAAUAAUGCAGGCCUAAAUGACAAUGAUGAGGAUGUUGUUGAAAAGGUCAAAAUUUCGCCCAAAGAAGCCCUUAGUGCUGUAGAAACUGUUGUAAGAUUUAUGGAGGAGCAAAAUGUGGAAAAUAUCGAAAACAUUCAUCUGCGGCAAAUGACAGACUUCAUAAGAGAGAAAAAAAUGUGA